AUGUUCAACACACUCCGUUUUGUCGGCUUGCUCGCCGCCCACCUCCCUCGCUUGGCGGGCCAGGCCUUCGUCCGCAAGCUGCGCGCCCUCCUCCACCGCUGGACGUACAAGGGCCCGACCGACGCUCCCAAGGUGGUCCUGGUCGUGGGCGGCUCCUUUGCCGGCUACCGGCUCGUGGCCCGGCUCUGCGACUCGCUGCCGACCGGCUGGCAGGUGGUGCUGGUCGACCAGAACCGCCACUUCAACUGGAGCUUUGCGCUGCCGCGGUGCGCCGUCGUGCCGGGCCACGAGCGCACGGCGUUUCUGGCCUACGCCACGAUGCUGGCCCGGGGCGCGGCGUCGGCGUCGGGUAAGAAGGUGGCCCGUUUUGUGCAGGGCCGGGCGGUGGCCGUGACGGGCGCCAAGACGGUGCUGCUGGAGUCGGGCGCGGCCGUGGCCUACGACGUCCUGGUGGUGGCCACCGGUGCCGCCCAGCGGCCGCCGGCCAAGCUGCGGGGCGCGGCCGACAAGACGGCGGCGUGCCGCGAGCUGCGGGGGCUGCAGGCGCGCAUCCGGCGGGCGCGCACGGUGGCCGUCGUGGGCGGCGGCGCGGUGGGCCUGGAGCUGGCGACGGACAUUAAGACGUUUGCGGGGGUGGUGGCGGCGCGCCAUGCUGCACGAGUCGCAAAGGGCCAGGACGAAAAAGACGACGACAAAGACGACGACGACGCAGUGGCCGACAAGCACGUCACGCUGGUGCACGCGCGGCCGCAGCUGCUCAACCGGUUCGGCCGGCGGCUGCACGAGCACGUCCUGGGCGUGCUGGAGACGCAGGGCAUCCAUGUCGAGCUGGGCCAGCGAGCGGUCAUUGCGUACCGGCGUGGCGGUGGUGGUGGUGGUGGCGCGGACGACACUGCCGACGACACCGCAGACGACACCGCAGACGUGGCGGGCGCGCCCGGGACGCUGACGUUCGCCGAUGGCCGCUCCCAGGAGUACGACUGCAUUCUGCAGUGCACCGGCCAGACGCCCAACUCGGCGCUGCUGCAGGACGUCUAUGCGGGCGCCCUGGCCCCGUCGGGCGAAGUGCGCGUCAACGCCGGCCUGCAGGUGGUGGCGAUGUCGACGGCCGACGGCACGACCGACGGCACGACCGACGGCACGACCCGCGAGACAGUUGUGCCCGACAUGUUUGCCCUCGGCGACGUGGCCGCGACCGGCGGGCCCAAGAUGGCGCGCGCGGCUUUCGCCCAGGCCGACGUCGUCGCCGACAACAUCCUGGCGACGAUCCGCGGCCGGGCGGCGCGCCACCGCUACGCGCCGAGCGUGCUGGAGGCGGCGCUCAAGCUGACGCUGGGCAAGGACGCGACGGUGCUGUACAUGGACUGGGACAAGGCGGACAAGGCGGACAAGGCGGACAACGCGUCGGUCCUGCUGUCGACGGGCGGCGACCGGGAGGGCAUGCACGGGGAACGGCAAUGGGGUCUGAUGGGCGUCAAGUACGAAGACGAGUAG